UUUCAGGAAUUUCGAGUAAAUUCUUUGGGACAAAAAACUGACAAAAAACCAUCAUCUGAAGUUUGUGAGCCGUGUUGUCAACGCUUACAAAACUGGAGCCCCACUACGACCAGUACUACGACCCUUCCGUUGAAUGCCAUCUAAUAACAGCGUGGCAACAAACAUGUAUAAUACUAGGAGAUCCGCCUACAUGAACUCGUGCAGCACCGCAAUGGAGCUACCACCGCAGAGCCUGCACCAAAAUUGGCAAGACACCGAAUACGUCAACACAACGUGCAGUAGCGAUAUGAACUCGGAUAUGUCAAUGUAUAAUGAUGAUAAAGACGAUCCGUUUUACGAAGACGAAGGAAGUGGCGGUGGAACCAGCGGUGGCGGUAAGAAAUCCAGCCGCAAACGUGCCAACACGACAAGUAGCAGUGGGGGCAAUGAGAAAGAAAGUAAAAGAACUGCAAAUAAGGUGUGCCGAGUAUGUGGCGACAAGGCGUUCAGCUAUAAUUUCAAUGUGAUCACCUGCGAGUCAUGUAAAGCGUUCUUUCGGCGCAAUGCUAACAAAGAGAAAGAGAUUCGGUGUCCGUUCAACGAGCAAUGUGAAAUCAACAUGGUUUCGCGUCGGUUUUGCCAGCGUUGCCGGCUCACCAAGUGUUUUGCGGUUGGCAUGAAGAAAGAAUGGAUCAUGUCGGAGGAGGCCCGGCUUGAGAAGAAGCAACGUGUCGAGGAGAAUAGGGAGCGGAGGUUGCAGGACGCGAUGAAUCGUGCACUUGAAGAAGCCUGCAUGGAGGAUGAAAGCGAGAAUAGUUACGACGAGGCGCCGGCGCCAUCCCACCAAAUGUCCGUUCGACAGUACCUAGCAAAUGAUGAUGCUCCACACAAGAGCUCUGACGAAGUACAACCUCAUUUGGGACAUCAUGGCUACAAUCAGAAAGAGGAUAAGAUGAUGAACUUCUAUCAGGAUGGACCUUCGGAUCAAGGCGACUACUCCCUUCCAUCAAACUCAUGUGCAUCGUCCAGCCAGUUGGAUACAUCAGUGAACUGUGGCGCUACUACUAUCGCUGACAAUGGUGCUUCACCAUCUAACACAGUUACGAUUCCCGCUGCGGUUGACGUUGAGCGAAAGCCUAUUCCAACCAACGUCUUAUUCUCCGCCUCUAUGUCAGCUAUUCAGGAUGUUGCAGCAAUUAUAUCGAAUGCCGAAACGAAGAAUUUAGGGAUGUGUGCACCGGAUGUGGUUAAUGAGAAUUUGAUGAAUGUGGCGCAAGCAGCGGUUCAAGCUCAGGCAAUUGUGAACCACACCCAGCAGCUUGCUGCUGCUGUUGUUGCUCAACAAGUGGUGUCAAACAUGGCUCCAGUAAUGCCUACAGUAAACCCAUUAGACCCUCUUCUGGCUCCCGCAUUCAUCGCUCCACCAAUGCCAACCCCAAUCAAUGUGCCCAUUACUACGCCAAUCGCUGGAGCACUCUCAACCCCGUUGCCACCACCGAUUGUACCACCUGGGCAUUCUUCAAUAAAUCCGGUAAUUCCAAUAAUUCCGAAAGAGAUGCCAGUAAGUGUAUCGCUGUUGAACCAGCUGGAACAAACGCCGGCAGAGAUGGUAACGGUACCUAAGGACAUGCUUAUGAAACUUAUACAAAAAAAUUCGCGAUCAACGUGCACUUGUUCCUGCAUGUGCGGACGCUAUCCACCCGGAUCCUGUAUUGUUGACGAGGUCACUAAAGAUUUGUUGAAUGGUGGCAGUUCUAAUAGUAGCAACGCAACUGACCGGGAUGAAACUCGACUUGAGACCACCGAGGACAUGCAGAUGAAUGGUCUUCUUCCUGGUGACUGCAACUCAUCUAUUCAAUGGCUUAACCAGCAAUCAUCUGCCCAAGCAUUCGUUGACCCAAUCACUCAUUCCAUGACAGCAGAAGAAGCUCAAACUCAGAGGGAACGACGUGACUCCAUCUUUGGUUCAUUUUCGGCGGCCGAUCAGGGUACAGUAACUCAGCCUAAAAGUGUUCAAGAAGAAACCAUCUGGGAGCAUACGGUGGCUGAAAAUGAGUCUCGGGAAUUGUCCGACGAGGAAAUUGAGAAAAUGGAAGAGCUCACUGAGAUAUCGAAUCAAUGGAUCAGUAUGCGACUGGACAGUAUGCCAAUUCUAGAUCUGUUCUCCAAAAAGAACGUGGAAAAAAUUGUGAAUGGCUUGAAGCUUCUCUCAUCAUUUCGAUUUUUACCUCAAGUUGACAAGAGAUCAGUAGUGAAGCGUGGCCUUUUCAACUACUGCGUUGUCAAAUGGAUGCAACACAAGGAAAGUAUGUCUAUAGAUGGACUGAGUGAUGCUGCUCGCAGAGAUUUUAUGAAUAUCAUUCGCCGAGAAGAGUUCAACUACCGAGUGCAGCCAGGAGCAUUUAACACACUUGCGAUCAGUGUGCUCUUCCACAGCAUUUCUGACAACCUCAUUUCUACAGAUGUUUAUAUGGAACAUUUGGUUUUCAAAAAACUACUUGACAAAAAUCUUCCCAUCAAAGUGUCCAGCGACACUGUCUACAAUAAUUACUAUCCGUACAUCAUCAAAGCCGCCAAACAUCUCGAAAAGGCCACCAAAGGACUGUCUGAUGAACUCGUCGCUCACGCAGUUUCCUGAUUGUCUACAAACCAGACCUAGCGUUCACUGUUAUUACAAUUUUUCCUCGCGUAGUUUUUAAUAUGUUUAUUCUUUUGUUGACUUGUCAAACAUUCCGGUCAGUUGCAAAGUGUUUGUGAUGGAAUCUAUUUUUUUUUUUUGGAACCUGACUUUUUUUUGUUUUUGUAACCUCUAAUAUUUCCAGUAUUGUUAUUUCAAUAUUCAUUUUUAUUGCCGCUUAUCAAGUCUUUGUCUCAAAUCUCCAAAACAGUACCUUGUCGAUUUACGAGUCACAACACACAAUUCUCCGUACCGUCCCGUCCCCCAACAAAAAAACCUCUGAAAAUUCUCAUCAUCCCCCCCCCCCAUCCGCCGACGCCCGCCACCUUCCAUCAUCCAGGUUCUCUUGUCUAAGCCCCGUUCGCUCCCGUUUCAGCAAAUGAAUAUCGAACUGCGAUGACUGUUAUUUCUUUCAUUUUCUAGUCUGCUUCUGGUCAUUACAAGUUAAGAUUCUUGCAAACCUCCGUCAUUUUUCUCGUCUUUUCAUGGUAUGUCAUGGUCUAUAUUAGGCCAGACAGUGUUGUUUUGUGUCACAUUGACACCGGUUAUCGUAGAGUUUUAUAUAUAUUUUUUCAUAUUUUAAUAAAUAUUUUUUCAUAAACAA